AGUCUUGCUGUUAGUAUGAAGAAAGAAAAUUUGUGAAAUGUUGUGAUUGUUUCUGUGUUACAUUAACCAUUUGUUAUGAAUUCCAAUGGAAUUCCUUGGUGCUGCUAAGCCCUGUUUUUUAUUAAAAAUCAGUUUGCACUGACUAGAGUAAUGGAUGAACGGGGAUUGUGUUAAAUGGACAAUGUAACCUCGAAAAUGAAAAGUUACAGUUGCUCCUCUGCUUUGAGUAGAUGAAGGUAUUGAGAAGGUCAAGUUCUUUCUAGCACUAAGGGUUGUCAUUCACUCGUUACCUAUAGGCUUAAUUUAAUCCUAGAACAUAGAAGGAUCCUCAAAAAUCUCAUCCCCUCUGUUUUUCUCAUUCUGAAUUUUGAAGAGGAAAGGCUAAAGGAUGUGGGACUAUUCUACCUUUAGAAAAUACUGAUUGGCAUCUAAUACCUUCUCCUUUGUAUUCAAGUUGCAUUACAUAGCCAGUUUUCUGCCAACUAAUUAACUGUUCAACUUAUGCUUGAGCUAGGAGACUGUCCACUGAACUUUGCCAUAAAAUCAGUAACAUUUAUAUAGGUUAUUUUUGUCUUAUUCUGUUAGGUGUAAGAAUUUGUCUGUAUCUUUCUGGAAUUCCUAUUGGAUGCUGCCCUCUGAUGUUUGUGGAAUGAACUGCUUUUGGGAAGCUGCUUUUAGAUAUGAUUACAUGAAAACACAUCCUUCUGAGAAAAUGCAUCUAGCAGUGGUGGCCUGUGGUGAAAGACUGGAGGAGACUGCUACUAUGCUGAGAUCAGCAAUGAUUUUCAGCAUCAAACCUCUUCAUUUUCAUAUUUUUGCUGAGGACCAAUUGCAUGGGAGUUUCAAAGACAUACUUGAUGAAUUCCCCUAUGAAGGAAAAGUUAAUUACACAUUAUAUCCAAUAACAUUUCCAUCUGAGAGUGCAGCAGAAUGGAAGAAAUUGUUUAAACCAUGUGCUUCACAAAGACUGUUUUUGCCAUUAAUCCUCAAAAAUGUGGAUUCCCUACUCUAUGUUGAUACUGACAUCUUAUUUUUGAGGCCUGUUGAUGAUAUUUGGUCUUUUCUGGGAAAGUUCAACUCCACACAAAUUGCUGCCAUGGCACCAGAACAUGAAGAGCCUCGUAUUGGGUGGUAUAAUCGUUUUGCUAGACAUCCCUAUUAUGGAGUAACUGGAAUUAAUUCUGGAGUCAUGCUAAUGAAUAUGACACGUAUCAGAAGAAAAUAUUUCAAGAAUGAUAUGACGCCAGUCAGGUUACAAUGGGGAGAAAUUCUGAUGCCACUACUGAAGAAAUACAAGUUGAAUAUAACGUGGGGUGAUCAGGAUCUAUUGAACAUUAUGUUUUUUCACAAUCCAGAAAGUCUUUAUGUCUUUCCUUGCCAAUGGAACUACCGGCCUGACCACUGCAUCUAUGGAAGCAAUUGUAAGGCAGCUGAAGAAGAAGGUAUAUUUAUUCUUCAUGGAAAUAGAGGUGUUUACCAUGAUGAUAAACAACCGACUUUUAGGGCUGUCUAUGAAGCAAUAAAAAAUUAUUCCUUUGGAGAUGACCUGGUUCAUUCACUGCUGCAGCCCCUAGAAUGGGAAUUACAGAAAACCACGCAUACAUACUGUGGAAGAGUAUACAAAGUAUUCAUAAAGCAGCUAACAAAAAGCAUAAGAGACUUGCAUGCCAGAAGAUCAAAGGGAAGGUGAUUUUUGACUCCUAGCUGUCACAUCAAGAGACUGAAUUAAUAUAGCUGGUCAACAGGUGCAAGAAUUCUAUUACAGCUUGAAUGGGCUCUUAAUGUGCCCAGAAAAAAAGGUUUACUAGCAUACAUAAAAAUGAAGAAAAUAUUCAUGUAAUGAAGAACAAGAACUUUUUUUUCUGCAAAGGUGACUUUUUGGUUUUCUGAAGUUUAAUCAGUGCUAGUGUUUGUCUCAUGUCUGAUGAUUUGGGUGUUACUGACUUCUAUGAUCAGUACUUUUAGUCUGCAUAAUUCAGUUAUCUAAUGAUAAAUGAGCAAGGAAGAAAUGAAGAUGGCUCUCUUUGGGAGUGUACCUCAUAUAUUGUCUAAAAUUCUCUUAAACUGUGAAUGUAGCAAUAACUGAGUCAGCAGCACUAACCUCACUUUAAAGGUGUGAGCCUUUAUGUAAACAAAGUUGUUUACAAGUGCAGAAAAUACUCUCUUGUCAAAGAAGUGUAUUGUAAUCAUUGACAAUCUGUAUGUGCCUUUAUAUGUUCAUCUCUUACAUGUUGAAGUACUGUUUUGACAAUCUUGUUUCGUUUAUCUCAGAUGUAAACUGCACACUAUAAAUAUGACUUUGAGAAAUUAAUUACUAGUAUGUGAUACUAGUUUUCUCUGUUAGUAAAUACAGAGGUUUUAUAUUAAAAAUAAUUUUUUUCAACAAUUAGUAGAGCUAUUAGCACCAAAAGGUAGAGCAGAACUGAGGGGGUUUUAAGUAAAAAUCCAGUUUGAAGUUGCUUCUUACAAUACUUCUCAAAAAUUUCAUGGUUUUGCAGCUUUAUAGGGCAUGUUGGGAGUAGAAAAAAAGCCCAAUGGUGGAAAGCUCUUGCUCUUGUAUUUCCAUACCAGGAAUUAUUACCUGAUGAUUGUUGUAGAGUAGGUAGUACCUAAAAGUGAAGAGCUGUAGUAAGAGUCCUGAUACUUCAUCAGACUGUGUAGUAGUUGGGUUUUUUAGAGAAUAUAUCCUGUUAAAAUAUUUUUUUAAUAAAUGGCUUUAAAAUAGUUUUGGGGCAGACCCUUAACUACAUGAAUGCAUUACUGUCGAUAGGCUGAUAGUGAUUUGCAGCAGGUAAGGAUUAGGUUUCCUCCAAUUAUCUUAGUGAAAUUAAGUAAUAAAAACUUUUUUCUUCUCCAGAGAAAACCAUGAAGGGCUGAAUUCUAGUGUUACAGUGAAUUAUUUAAACUUGCAUGGUAUGAAAUGUAUUUGUAAAGUAUGUAUUAACUUAGAUAACCUGUCUAAGUGAGAUGAAGUCUUCAUAAAGUGAGCUUUUGGAUUCCAGGAAAGUUCCUGUGUGUCGAACAUGGAGGAUCCACUCACUGACUUGCACCUUCAUCCCAACCCGAUUUUACAAGCUUAAUUUUUGUAGCUGUUUCCUUGUCAAAGGUAGACUGGCUCUGACUUCCAGAUCCAUGUGAGCUGGACAAACGCUUUAGCAGUACAAAAACAAACUUCACUGUCAGCAGAGUUUGCAUCCUGCUUCUAAUUUCCCUGCAGGCUCAGGGUAUAAAUUUUUGGAAUGGAAUCUGGGAAGCAGUCUGCCUGUCAUGUAGGACUCUUUUCCUUGCUUUGUAACCUUUUGAAACCUGAAAAUGUAGAAAUCUCUGUGAAGGUGAAUACUGUAACUGACUGAUUUUACAAUAUGCAGUGCAUUAUUUUUUUACAUAAAUACUGAUUUUUAUAUCAA